UGCCACGACGGUGGGCCGCUCGCGGCCCAUCCGUUUUGCACCCCGACCACUCAGCGUUCGAGUUCAGGCUGCCGCGGCACCAUUUGCGACCAAUGGCACCACUGAUGCUUACAACCGCAUCAAGGGCAUCAAGGUCUACCGCUCGUCGGACGGCGAGCUAGUCGACCUGACCUCGCUCUGGGGCCCCAACGAGCGCGCUGUGGUGGCGUUCGCUCGCUCGUUUGGCUGAUUCUUUUGCUGGGAGCUGGCUAUCCAGCUCCGUCGUGAUGUGAAGCCGAAGCUUGAUGAAAUGGGCAUCAAGCUUUUCCUGGUUUCCAUCGGCACACAUGCUCGCUCCAAGGAUUUCGUGGAGGUCACUGGCUUCCCCGCGGAGAACCUGUUUGCGGACCCCAACAACGACCUGUACACGGCGCUGGGGCUGAUCAAGGGCGUGGGCGCGACGUUCCUGUCUGUGGAGACGCCGCUGGCCAUCAAGCGGCGCAUGGACAGCGGUAACACGGCCGACCUGAUGGACAUCCUGCCGCGCUGGCAGCCCUGGAUGCCGCCCAAGAACGAGCAGGGCCUGCAGCAGGGCGGCAUGUUCCUGUUUGACGGCGACCGCACCGUGCUGACUCACUACGACAAGGCCACCUCGGACCACGCGGACCUGUCGGCGUUGUUGGGUGUGGCGGGCCAGCUGGCGGCGGACUGCGACAACGCCUGCGAACUGCCGCCGCCGCCGCCGCCGCCGCCCGCCCGGAGGUUCUAAGCGGCACGUUUUGGGACCAGGGCGCUUGGUCCACGGGAUGUGUGCGUCGCCUCGACAGUUCUUGUUCGAGGCUGUGACGCAUGGGCGAGGACUCAAUUCGCGUUGGCAGUAGCGGUGUUUGAAGGGAGUGAGCAAUGGGAGGUGAGGGCAACGGGUGUGAAUGGCGAUAUCAAAUGGGUCAGGUGCCUGUCGUGUGUGGCGGCUCAAGUGCUGAACGCCGCAGGAAGCGAUAGAGACGCAUAGAAUGACGGAUGCUGCCUUAAUGAUGGUUGGACGGGCGUUAAGCGCUCCCAUUGAUGGCGUUUCAGGGCUGUUGCCUGUCUUGGGGGGUCAAGCGCGCGGCUCCGUGGCUUGCUUACAUGACGCCGCCAGGUGCGUGCCACCACACAGCAGACCCGCGCACACGCGCGGGCUGCUGCGCACCUGGCGGCUGAAGGAACCCAUUCCACAACACGGAGACCGCGCGCGUCUUGGCGUCCCCCAAGCUUGGCACUGGCCUGCACGCCUGCUGCGGAUGCAUGUUGUGUGGGGCGCUGCUUUGUGGAGCAAGCCUACUAGAGCUAGAGUAGGCCGACGGCGCUGCAAGCGGCACGCCCCUGGGGUCCAGAGCAGGGUGUUCGUUCUCCACGUCACUGGCUCGUGAACUGCGUCAGCAGGUCCCUCUUGUAACCAAUGCAAUCU